AGACAGGAGCCAUUCAAUCAAUUUAUUAGGUAGGCAAGGAGGAAAACGCACAGCUCCCGAGCACCUUGAUUGCGUGCUCCUAGACCUGUCGGAAAAUUGGCUUGGCUGCCUCCUUUGCGGUGCGCGUCGUCGCACUCGACGGCGAACGACACUGUUCCUAUCAAUUGUGCGGAGGGAUCACUCGAUAGUGGAGGGAACCACGUCCCGUCGGCAUCGGUAUCAUCGUCUUGCCUGCAGCCCCCCGCCCCAGGCAUCUCUUCCUACCUGGAAACUCCCCGUAUGGCGGCCUCAAACGCAUGGGAAAAGUAUACAAUUCCUCCUCCCCAACUGCCUGUGCGAGCUGCUAGUUUGUCGUCUGUUGCUCCAAACUCACGCCCAGGAAAUCCUGCCGCCUCCAAUCUCUCUGUGCGCCCGUCCUGCUUGUCUCUGUCGCUGAGUCUGACCGAUGUCGAGACACCCGAGGCGAGCUCCAACGUGGAAGAAUCCUUCGACUUCAAUGACGAACUUGACAACGUUUUCCUCCGCGGCGGGUGCAGGCAAAACCGCGUGGGGCUCGCCAUCGGCGCCGGCGGUCUGGCCAUGCGCGACCACCCCAAGACCUUCCGAGUAGCCUACGAGGACCUGGAGAUAGGCAAAGUAAUCGGUAAGGGCUCCACUGGAGCCGUGCUGGAGGCGCUACACAAGCCGACAGGCACGCGACUGGCUCUGAAAGUAAUCAAUGUGUUCGACAAGUCCCGGCGCUCUCAGCUGAUCCGAGAGAUCCGGACCCUGUACGACGCCGCCUGCCCGAGUCUUGUCGCGUUCUACGGCGCCUUCUACCGGGAGGGCUGCAUCACCCUCGCCCUUGAGAUGAUGGAUGGCGGGGCUCUGGCGAACCUUGUCGCCCAACUCGGCCCCAUUCCGGAGCGCGCGCUGGCCAAUAUGGUCUUCCAGAUCCUAUGGGCCUUGGCCUACCUGAAGCACGACAAGCGGGUGCACCGCGACAUCAAGCCCUCCAACCUCCUCAUCAACAGCCACGGUGAAGUCAAGGUCUCUGACUUUGGCUUGUCUGCCGAGCUGCAGAGCUCCCUGGCCAUGUGCGGCACCUUUGUGGGCACGUUCAAGUACAUGUCACCGGAGCGCAUACGGAACGAUCCCUACGACUACGCCUCGGACGUGUGGAGCUUGGGGCUGACGCUGAUCGAAUGUGCCACCGGUCGCUAUCCCUACUUGCAGGGCUUGGACGAUGCUGGAAUGGAGGAAGAGGAGAUGGAGGCGGUGGACGGAGCGGGUGGCGGGCCUGGGGGGAGAAGAGGGGCGGGGGUGGCCUCGGCUCCUUCGGCGUCGAAAGGAGGAAGGAGACGCAGGAGUCGCGCGCACAGCUGCAUUGACAUGAUUCAAGCCAUCACAGAAAGUGAGCCGCCCACACUCCCUCCCGGCACCGAGUUCUCUCGGGACUUCCAUGGCUUUCUGGACAACAUGCUGCAGAAGGAUCCACGUCGGCGGCUCCCGCCCGAGAUCCUGCUGGGAGCGCCCUGGUUGCGACAGUUUGGCGCUGUCUCUCUUGCGGCCGCUGUUCGCAACACUCAGUACUGGAUCCACAACGAGGCGGUGCCGGGGAGGAAUCGCGUGAAGGCGGGAGGACCGCACAGCCGCCAGGAUGAGAGGAGAGGAGGGCGGGCAGAGGAUGAGAGGAGGGCAGAGAGAGGGCAACGAGGACGUGAAAGCAGCAGUGCCCCUUCUCGUAAUCGGGGACUUGUGAAUUGCCUUAACAAGUCGGCCUGCGCAGGAAGCUUUCAUGCGGCAGGCGCCCCCCUACCGGCCUCAUCGGCCCCCCCAAUGCCAUCCAUGGGCUCUCCUGCUUUGUCCAGCGCCAGCCUUUCUCCAUUGGCACCCUCACCACUUUCCACCGACUCUUGUAAGAGCAUGAACUCGGGAGGGCGACAGACCGGCCUUGCCUUGCCACUGCCGCUCCUAGCCCGGUCCUCCUCCCUCGUCCCCCCAUCGCCUUCUUCCAGCUCUUUCUCCACGUCCGCGCACUCUUACCACCCUCAGCGCAAGAACGGCCCUCCCAUGCGGUCUUUUUCCACCUGAAGUGAAGCACCACUGGUCUGCCCUGGGGCAAAGAGAGCAUAAUUCCAAUUAGCGAGAACGGCAAUAGCGGUAGAGAAUGUUUGGACAGAAGACGCGCCGUAGCUUACAGAGAAGCAGACAGGUGGUAGGAGUUCCCAACAUGUCCGGUGCUCCUCCAGGGGAGAUGGGUUUCUCGUAUAUGAGGGUGCAGAUAUGAACCUCUUGUCAAUUUAUGUAAAGAAAUAUCAUCUCAGGCACCAGAGAA